AUGCUGACCAAGUUCGAGACUAAGUCUGCCCGGGUGAAAGGGCUCAGCUUUCACCCCAAGCGGCCGUGGAUCCUCACCAGCCUGCACAAUGGUGUCAUCCAGCUGUGGGAUUAUCGGAUGUGCACCCUUAUCGACAAAUUCGAUGAGCACGAUGGACCCGUUCGAGGUAUUGAUUUCCACAAACAGCAGCCUCUCUUUGUUUCUGGAGGUGAUGAUUAUAAAAUAAAGGUCUGGAAUUACAAAUUGCGCCGUUGUCUCUUCACUCUGCUCGGGCACUUGGAUUAUAUUCGCACUACCUUCUUCCACCACGAAUAUCCCUGGAUCUUGAGUGCUUCUGAUGACCAGACCAUUCGGGUUUGGAACUGGCAGUCCAGAACUUGUGUUUGUGUGCUGACAGGACACAACCACUAUGUGAUGUGUGCCCAGUUUCACCCCUCUGAGGACCUGGUAGUGUCAGCCAGCUUGGAUCAGACUGUGCGCGUUUGGGAUAUUUCUGGACUAAGGAAGAAGAACCUGUCCCCUGGAGCUGUGGAAUCGGAUGUCAGGGGAAUAACUGGGGUGGAUUUGUUUGGGACGACAGAUGCGGUUGUGAAGCACGUUCUUGAGGGCCAUGAUCGUGGGGUGAACUGGGCUGCCUUCCACCCUACAAUGCCACUUAUUGUGUCGGGAGCUGAUGAUCGGCAAGUGAAGAUCUGGCGGAUGAAUGAAUCGAAGGCCUGGGAGGUUGACACUUGCCGGGGGCAUUACAACAAUGUCUCGUGUGCUGUCUUUCACCCGCGGCAGGAACUGAUCCUCAGCAAUUCGGAAGACAAGAGCAUCCGUGUCUGGGAUAUGUCUAAACGCACGGGUGUCCAGACCUUUCGGCGUGAUCAUGAUCGCUUUUGGGUAUUGGCUGCUCAUCCCAACCUCAACCUCUUUGCUGCAGGCCAUGACGGUGGCAUGAUUGUGUUCAAACUGGAGCGUGAGCGGCCUGCUUAUGCUGUGCAUGGGAACAUGCUGUAUUAUGUGAAGGACCGUUUCCUCCGCCAACUUGAUUUCAACAGUUCAAAAGAUGUUGCUGUCAUGCAGCUGCGAAGUGGUUCCAAGUUCCCUGUGUUCAACAUGUCAUACAACCCAGCUGAGAAUGCUGUCCUUCUCUGCACAAGAGCCAGCAACUUAGAGAACAGUACUUAUGACCUAUACACCAUUCCCAAGGAUGCAGACUCCCAGAACCCGGACGCCCCUGAAGGGAAGCGUUCCUCCGGGCUAACAGCUGUGUGGGUAGCUCGUAACCGCUUUGCAGUCCUGGAUCGCAUGCACUCGAUCCUCAUCAAAAACCUGAAGAAUGAGAUCACGAAGAAGGUGCAGGUGCCGAACUGUGAUGAGAUUUUCUAUGCUGGCACAGGGAACCUGUUACUGAGGGAUGCAGACUCCAUCACCCUCUUUGACGUGCAGCAGAAGCGAACUCUGGCCUCAGUGAAAAUCUCCAAGGUGAAAUAUGUCAUCUGGUCGGCUGACAUGUCCCAUGUAGCUCUGCUGGCUAAGCACGCCAUCAUGAUCUGCAACAGAAAGCUGGAAUCACUGUGUAACAUCCAUGAAAACAUCCGUGUCAAGAGCGGUGCCUGGGAUGAAAGUGGUGUUUUCAUCUAUACCACCAGCAAUCACAUCAAAUAUGCUGUCACCACAGGAGAUCAUGGAAUUAUCCGCACCCUGGACCUGCCUAUCUAUGUUACCCGUGUGAAGGGGAACAACGUGUACUGCCUGGACAGAGAGUGCCGCCCCAGGGUCCUCACCAUUGAUCCCACAGAAUUCAAAUUCAAGCUGGCAUUGAUCAACAGAAAGUACGAUGAGGUGCUGCACAUGGUGAGGAAUGCUAAGCUUGUGGGCCAGUCCAUCAUUGCCUACCUGCAGAAAAAGGGCUAUCCAGAGGUGGCCCUGCACUUUGUCAAGGAUGAGAAGACCCGUUUCAGCCUGGCACUGGAGUGUGGCAACAUUGAGAUUGCUCUGGAAGCAGCCAAAGCUCUGGAUGACAAGAAUUGCUGGGAGAAACUGGGAGAAGUGGCAUUGUUGCAGGGAAAUCACCAGAUUGUGGAGAUGUGCUACCAGCGCACCAAGAACUUUGAUAGGCUCUCCUUCCUCUAUCUCAUCACUGGCAAUCUGGAGAAGCUUCGGAAGAUGAUGAAGAUAGCUGAGAUCCGUAAAGAUAUGAGUGGCCACUACCAGAAUGCCUUGUAUCUAGGAGAUGUGGCAGAGAGAGUGAGGAUCCUGAAGAACUGUGGGCAAAAGUCCCUGGCCUAUCUCACGGCUGCAACUCAUGGUCUGGAUGAAGAAGCUGAAAGCCUGAAGGAAACGUUUGAUCCGGAAAAGGAAACGAUUCCCGACAUUGAUCACAAUGCAAAGCUGCUGCAGCCUCCUGCUCCUGUCAUGCCUCUGGAUACCAACUGGCCAUUGCUGACUGUCUCCAAAGGGUUCUUUGAAGGAACAAUUGUUAGCAAAGGCAAAGGGGGUGCCUUGGCUGCUGAUAUUGAUAUCGACACUGUUGGCACUGAAGGCUGGGGAGAAGAUGCAGAGUUGCAGCUGGAUGAAGAUGGGUUUGUGGAUGCUGGAGAAGGCUUUGGAGAGGAAGGUCUAGGUAAAGGACAGGAAGAAGGAGGUGGAUGGGAAGUUGAAGAAGAUUUGGAUCUUCCCCCUGAACUGGAUGUUCCUGCUGGUCCAGCAGGAGCAGUGGAGGAUGGAUUCUUUGUGCCACCCACCAAGGGCACCAGCCCAGCUCAGGUGUGGUGUAACAAUUCUCAGCUUCCUGUUGACCACAUUCUGGCAGGCUCCUUUGAGACAGCAAUGAGACUCCUUCAUGACCAGGUAGGAGUAACAAACUUUGGACCCUACAAGCAGCUGUUCCUGCAGACCUAUGCCCGUGGCCGUACGACCUACCAAGCCCUGCCAUGUCUCCCUGCCAUGUAUGGAUAUCCACAUCGCAACUGGAAAGAAGCUGGCUUGAAAAAUGCCCUCCCUGCCGUUGGACUGAAACUCAACGACCUGAUCCAGCGCCUGCAGCUGUGCUAUCAGCUCACUACGGCUGGCAAGUUUGAGGAGGCUGUGGAGAAGUUCCGUUCCAUCUUGCUGAGCGUGCCCUUGCUGGUGGUGGACAACAAGCAGGAGAUUGCUGAGGCCCAGCAGCUGAUAGCCAUUUGCCGGGAGUAUAUUGUAGGACUCUCGAUGGAAAUUGAGCGGAAGAAGCUGCCCAAAGAGACUCUGGAGCAGCAGAAGCGAAUCUGCGAGAUGGCUGCCUAUUUCACCCACUCCAACCUGCAGCCCGUCCACAUGAUCUUGGUGCUGCGUACUGCUCUCAACCUCUUCUUCAAACUCAAAAACUUCAAGACAGCUGCUACUUUUGCCCGUCGGCUGCUGGAGCUGGGUCCAAAGCCUGAGGUAGCCCAGCAGACUCGCAAGAUCUUGUCAGCAUGUGAGAAGAAUCCCACUGACACCUACCAGCUCAACUACGACAUGCACAACCCCUUUGACAUCUGUGCCGCCUCUUACCGACCCAUCUAUCGUGGCAAACCUGUGGAGAAGUGUCCGCUCAGUGGAGCUUGCUACUGCCCUGAGUUCCAUGGGCAGAUCUGCCGCGUCACUACGGUGACAGAGAUCGGCAAAGAUGUCAUCGGGCUGCGGAUCAGCCCGCUCCAGUUCCGCUAGGGCAUGUCUGUCCUGGGGAGGUGUGAAAUCGGAGGGAAAUGGUCUCAUUUCACAGCACGGUGUGGAAACUUUCACCUCCCACCAUGCCAGCUUUUAGUCUAGUCUCUUCACCUUAGUGAAGUGUCUUAGUGAAGCCUGUGCCAUGUCUUACCUGCUCUUCCCCACCCAGGAAU